UCUUAACUCCAGGAAUAGAGUAUUUCACGUCAGACAGAGUUACACAAACAGUAUAUUGUUUCUUUGAAACCUUCAGCACUCAAGAUUCAGACAUCUCAAGGUCCCCACAUCAUGACCUCAGUUCCAGCACAACUGUUCACAGUCCUCGUUUCACUGCUUUUGGUGCUGCCUGCUGUUGAAGCAGUAGAAGCUGGAGAUGCAAUCAUUCUUUUCUUAGGUGUGGUUCUCUGCAUUACAGGCAUUUGUGCUUGUUUGGGGGUAUAUGCACGAAAGAAAAAUGGAGAGGUGUGACUUCGAAGGGCUUCCUGAAUCCAGCCUUGCCCUGAAAACAUUUGAGCUAUUCAGGUUAAAAACUGAGCUUUGGUGUCUGAAAGUUCCCAAGAAACAGUACACAGGGUAAUUUUACAUUCUUAAGUUUCCCUAUAAAGGGGAAUAAAUUUAUAUAUGUUAAAUGGAAAAAAAUUCUUUUUCACAAAUAAUAAAAUAAUGCAAU